UAGCUGCAGUAGCAGACAGACGGGCAAGGCAGGAGGAGGGUUCAAAUGAGAGCACAGCCCCUCAGCAGGAGCCGAGAGACACGCUGACCUGCUACUGACAUACACACGCACAUUCUUGUUCACUGUUGUGGAAGAGACGAGGAGACAUCUAGAGACCUGGAUGAAACUCAGAAAAAAACAAUGGAUGAACACACAAGAUGUGACAAGUACAGCUAAAGAGGACAGAAAAGCAGACUUUCAGCAGAAGAAGCAACGGUCAGUUUUCGGUACAAACAUGCAACUUUAAUGCAUCUUUCUAACACAAAGUUGUGUGCGGACAUGAAAACACAGACAAAACACCAGAGGAAUCCAAGAAAUGCACAACAAGGAUCUAAUACCUUCGUGAGGAAGUUGAGGAAGGAGAGGAAGCAACUUGUUUCAUGUUUUCACUGUCUGGAGCUUUACCUAAAAGUACGUCCUUGGAAGGCAGUUCAGGAGGUCAUGCAAUGACCUACUAGAGCUACAAAGGCAAACUGGAGGAGACUAAAAAAAAAACCAAAACUGCAAAACUUCAACAACAUUUGAAAAAACGAUCCAGCAGAAGAGCCUUUAAGAGAUUUUAAACACCUUGUUGUUUUGGAUUUAGAUUUGCUCUAAGUACCUUUAAUCAACCGACAUCGCACAAUAAUUGCCAAGUUCAAAUCUUUCCAGUGGUGACUCAGGGAUUGAAUCAUGUCCGCUGAGGUCCAUUUGGAACGCCAGAAGAAGGCUGACCGGAGAGCAGUGACUGCUCUGGGGCUUUCUCCACGUGUCCCCACUGUGACACUGAUCAGCCACAGAGAGCUGAGAGAGAAACACACAGCCCACAGACUCCUGCGCAGCCACGAUCCAAACCUGGCAACGAGUAGCCUCUACAGAUGUAGUGAAGGUAGCAGAGUGCCGAAGGUUGGAACAAUGCCAGAUUCACCUGCGGAUGUGAAAACCCAGCCCAGGUCCACCCCACCCACCAUGCCUCCUCCAACCCCGGCAGUCAGCCAAGCAACCAAUCGCAAUGCUUCAUACACACCAACUACAAGUAAAUCAAUGCUGAAUGGGAGCAGCCACUCACCUACAUCACUGAAUGGUGCUCCCUCCACUCCCAACGGCUUCAGUAAUGGGCCGGCCAUGUCCUCCACCGCCUCGCUUUCCAACCAGCAGCUUCCGCCAGCCUGCGGUGCCCGGCAACUGUGCAAACUGAAGCGUUUCCUGACCACGCUGCAGCAAUUUGGCAACGACAUAUCGCCUGAGAUCGGGGAGAGAGUGCGCAGCCUGGUGCUGGGGCUGGUGAACUCAACACUCACUAUUGAAGAGUUUCACUCCAAACUUCACGAGGCCACCAACUUCCCUCUGAGGCCGUUUGUCAUUCCUUUCCUAAAGGCAAACCUGCCCCUGCUGCAGAGAGAGUUGCUACACUGUGCACGGUUGGCAAAGCAGACUCCAGCUCAGUAUCUGGCCCAACACGAGCAGCUUCUCCUGGACGCCAACGCCAGCUCCCCCCUCGACUCCUCUGAGAUCAUGCUGGAGAUGAACGAGCACGGCAAAAGGAGGACCCCUGACAGGACCAAAGACAGCUCUGACAGAGAUGGCCUGCACCCAGAGCACCUAGCUAAGCGGCCCUGCACCAUCAGCCCCAGCCAACGCUUCAGCCCAAGCACAGGUCUUCCUGCUCAUCCGCCUCCCAACGGCCUCUCCACACACCCUCCAAACGGCCUCCCUCACCCACCAAACCCCCAAAUGGGACCCCAGCACUAUCGACUAGAAGACAUGGCUCUGGCACACCAGUAUAGAGACGCGUACAGGCAUAAUGAACAACGCGAAGCUCGAGACAGGCACCGGCAGACAGCAGUGCAUGGAGCCCGCCAAGAGGAGGUGAUUGACCACCGUCUCACAGAUCGAGAGUGGGCGGAGGAAUGGAAGCACCUUGAUAAUCUCUUGAACUGCAUCAUGGACAUGGUGGAGAAGACGCGCCGCUCUCUGACUGUGCUGCGCCGCUGUCAGGAGGCCGACAGGGAGGAGAUGAACCACUGGAUUCGGCGAUACAGCGACGUGGAGGAGAUGAAAAAAGGUGGGAGCAACGGACAGCACUGCCUUCCUCCUCCUCCUCUUCCUCCUCCUCCUACUCCUCACCACAACUCCUCCUCCAACACAGCUAGCAGCAGCGAGUCACUGCCCAUAGGAACGUCCUCGGCUGCUGAAAGGCAGACAGGCAGACAGACAGAGAUCCACAGAGACUUCUUACACAGGCCCCCCUCAGGAUAUCUGCCAGAAGAAAUCUGGAGGAAAGCAGGUACUACAAGCAUCCCGCUCUCCCCAGCGCUAAAGCACCUCCAAAACAGGCAGGAGGAGGCCGUGAAUGAGGUGAAGCGACAGGCGAUGUCAGAGCUGCAGAAAGCUGUGUCAGACGCGGAGAGGAAGGCUCAUGAGAUGAUUUCAGCCGAGCGCUCAAAAAUGGAGAGGGCGCUGGCUGAGGCCAAGAGGCAAGCGUCUGAGGAUGCACUCACAGUCAUCAACCAGCAGGAGGACUCCAGUGAAAGCUGCUGGAACUGUGGAAGAAAAGCCAGUGAGACGUGCAGCGGCUGUAACACGGCUCGCUACUGCGGCUCCUUCUGCCAACACAAAGACUGGGAGAAGCACCACCAUGUCUGUGGUCAGGGCCUGCAGGGUCUGCCUGGGGGCAGCAGUGUCCCUCUAGGCACCCCCUCCUCCUCAGCGUCCUCCAGUGCGCCCCCCACCCACUCGGAGAGCACUCCUCCAGGACCCUUGGCCCUGGUGGGGCAGAGCAGUAUUGCGGGAGGGGCUGGCAGCGGCAGUGUGUCCGCCAGCCCGAAGGAGAGCAGUUCCAGCAGUGCCUCUCGCUCCACGACUCCAGCUACCCCCGCCCUGCUGGACGCUGCCUCUCGCUGACGUCUGAUCCUCAUUCCUCCCCUAUAUACUGAUGCGACAGUGCUCACUCUCCACUCAAAACCAAACUGAGGAAUCUUUUAUCACACAGUAAUCCCGUUCCUCACUCCCACCUCUUGUCCUUAUUUCCUCCAUGAUAAGCUCUUCUGAAAAUCUUUGAACCACUCCAUGGUGAUGAUAAUAGACGGUCACCUUCCCCCAGAAACACUUGUUUUGUCUUUGUCUCUUUAACGGCAACACAUGCAAAGAUGUGUUCAGUCACAGAAACAUAUCAGAUGUGUUUGAUUUAAAGAUAUGACAUGAAGUUCUCUCAGUAAUGUAAGCACGUUUAAUGCUGUCCACAGAAGGACACAAGACAAGGGCUGUGAUAGGUAAGGUUUCACUUACGGGAGGGGGUUGGUCGGCAAAUUGGCACUUGGGUAGGAUUUCCCUUUAAUUUAGCACCAAUGAGAGAACAGUACAAAACCUGAGAUGUGCACUAUCACUCCAAACAGUUCACUGAUGUGGCACUUAUUUCACAGUGCCCUAAUAGAAACAGGAAAGGAACAUCGUACCUUCUUUUUUUUCCAAAUGAAUGAGGGAAGUGAAAACCUGUGAUGUGAUUUUUUUCCCCCCUCAGAAACACAGCUUAGUAUUUAUUAAAUGUUUCUUUCUGGCUUUAAGGGAAAAAACAGAAAGUCCAAAUAUUCUAAGUAAAGAAUAAUAGUGACAAUGAUGAUGCUGAUGAUGAUAACGAUAAUGACAUGAGAAUAAAUUAACUUUAAACUGCUAACUACCUUGCUAGCGAGCCAAGAAAAUCUAUACCGGACUCACCUCUCUGCACCAUUGUGAACCCAAAUGAAUUCAAAGAUGAAAAAUAACAUGAUCCAAACCUUUGUAUUACACUGCCAAAGUGAGUAAGUAAGCGAUAAGGAGUAGCACUCAUCUUAUAACCAAACGCAAAGCAACAUCACCUCCUCAGCAGAUAAGCCAGCCUUGAGAGGACUGUGCUGCAGAGAGGCAGCAGGACGGGACCCAGAGAAAGUCAGACAUUCAAUAAUAACAAAACUGUGACCUGCUUUGAUCUGCAGCCGCCUCCUGCAGUCUGGACAAAACUACAGCGGUUCCUCUGCGACAGCCCAGACUAGUGAAUAUGGACGAUGCUGUGAACUUGCCAACUAGAAAGACUUGGAUGGAAACCCCGCCACAGUGUGAUUUUUUUUGUGAAUGGUAACAGAGAGGACAGAGAGAAAAGAAGAGGGAAGGAAAAGCUACACAGCCUCAAAGGAGAUGAAGAUACAAACAUGGCAACGGAGCUGUCAAAAAAAGAAGCUUGAAAACAAUGUCCAAGAAGGCAUUGCGUACUAUGGGAAGAUUGUUUGUAAGUCAUCUUUUCUAAAGCUCCACAAUGGGGUGAUAUUUCAAGGAAUUGCUGUUACCUUUACAUUCACUCCCUCCGUUUCCAAAGCAUGAUGAACAGAUAAAAGAGUCUAGUGAAGGGCGGUGUAGACUUUGCUCUCCUCUCUCUUUCUACCUCCCCUCACCCCACACCUCCCUUCUACGCUCUUCCCCAACUACUUGACUCAAGUCUCCCCCUCUCCCUCAGCCUGCUUUGGACAGAGCCUCAGAGCAGCCACGUGGGAAGGGUUUGAACCUGCUUGUAGAUAUUCUUCCUCCUUUCAAACUUCAAUAAUGUCUCUUGUCGCUGAUGUCCAUAUGUGCUGCCCUUGUGUAUAUCCAGAAUAACGGACUUUGUUUUGCUUUUGUUACCUUUCAGUUUCCUCCUUUAAGUUUGGGCUGAGCAGUGAAGUCAGAGCAAGGAGGAAGCCCCCCCCCCCAUUUGACAUAUUGUUUGAUUUGUUGUAUCUAUAUUGAUGAGAUGGAACCCUUCUUGUAGAUUAUUUUGUAUUUCUCACAUUGUAAGACAGUGAGAGGACGGAGGUGCAAUAUGAAGAGAAUUCAGCUACUGAAUGGAACCUCAGCAACUGCCCAUAGGGUGUCAUAUAAUAUAGAUACAUAUAAAUAUAUUUAAAGUAACAUCAGUAACUUAAUGUGAAUGUACAUAGUAUUUAAAAAAGGUCCAAAAAUGUGUUUGCCAAAUAACAGAAACCUUUAAACGUUAAUGUCCAGAAUAGCAUUUUCCCACAGUACAUUAGUUUCUUCAAAUAACAAAUUUCCCCCUUUCUUUCCGUUUAAACACCUCUAAUUUUCAGUCAGAUCAAAGUGUCAUGUGACCCUGAGUGAGCCUUAAGGUGGAUGCUUACCGGGCCGCAAUGCAUGCAGCUGAAAGUGGAUGAGAACGGAUUAAGGGUGAAUGGACACUACUCAAUUUGAACAACGACUUAAAAUUUAAUCAACACAGUUUGCUUUAUUCAACCAGAUCAGUUUAAAUCCUGCAGGUGGGAGAAAGCCCAAAUAUAAUCGAUAAUUAGAAAUUAAUUGAAGGCUCCGUUUUCAAAUUUAGAUCCUUCACACCAAAUUAAGAACUUUUCAAACUUUAUAUCUCAUGUCAAGUGUUUGUCACCAUCCUUUACUGACUCUCUUUUUUGGUCGUCAUCAACCUGUGUGAGUGUGAGCUAGGAGUGCAUGUUUCCCCCAAAAUGCAGGGAAAAUCAUCACAGUCGAAGUAAGUGAUGUGCCAGUUUUAAGCUACAGUAAAAUUCCGAACUAAUUUUGAGACAGAAUCUUUAAAAUAUUUCUUUUUCACUGUCAAUUGUUUAUUUGGUUUUGAUAUAAGCUAAGGUUCUCAGACAGAUCUUUGUUUCCAGGCCAACAGAGUAGCAUCACCUCUUAAGGGUUAAUUCUGUUUGUUCAUUUCUUUACACAUACAACAGGAUAAUAAUCCUCUCUGGUAAACAUAUGUUAAACUGUCUAUUCUGUGAUCAACAUAAAGAGUGAGGCUUGUGUAGCAGCCACACAUCUUACAUUGAUCGUAGUAAGCCCUACAUGAUGGGCCCCAUACACACUUGGACCAAACUUGGAAAAAAAAAGUGUUUUUUCUUUUGCAGUGAGUGACAUGAGAAAAUAAAGUUUCAGCAUUUUUUUCAUCAACAGAUUGAUACAUUUACUAGAGACCUAGAAUUCAAAUGGAAUGAGCGAAAAAGGUUCCCCUGCAUCCGUGUGUAUAGCGUUAUGUAUGUGUGUGAAAUUUACCGUAAUAUUGUGUUGACCUCAGCCUUUUUGUGUCCGUUCCCCUGAUGUCUAAUUCCUCCACUUCUACCACCGACCACUUGUCAUAACCCCCCUCACACUAGCUACCUCCUGUGACCAUACAGCUAACCACCAGGAGAGGUUGACCUGGACUUUGAAAAGCUGGGCUGAGAGCAGACAUGGACGCACACUGUUAAAAGCGGUUUCGUAAAUCUUUUGUGAGAUGAUAAAGGGUUGAAAGAACAUGCCAUUGUCCAUAAUGUAGAUGAAUAUUUAUUCUAUCCAGACUUCACCGUAUUAAACACAUCCAAACAACCAAACUGAUACUGCUGGAGUUUAGUAGCAGGUACACAUUAAAGUUGCAUAUUACAGAACCGAACACGGAACGAAUCAUAACAUGCCAUUUGUCGUCCAAAACCAAUAAAAGCACAGACCAAAGUACUCCUGCAUUGCCAUAGUGUGGCUUUGACUUGUGUAUUGACAGACCAGAAAUAAUAAGGUUAGAGCUCCACUUCACUACUUAACCAAAGUGUCUGAGAUACACAUAAUCAGGGCACAAUAGCAAAGAGCGCACUGAAUUCAAUGGCUGAGUUUCAAAUGUGUAGAACACUCAUUCAAGCAAUCAAAGCGCUUGUUGUCUACACAUUGAAUAGAAUAGUGCUUCUGUGAAAAUAAUAGGAGCAUUUCCUUUUGGAAAUGGCCUGCUGAUCGUGCGUUCUUAUGGUUACAAAGCCUUGCAGAGAUAAAACGUCUACAUGGUGGAUGUGUGCUUGUGUGUGAAUGUUGGCGUGUGUGUGUUUUUGUAUAAAAAAAAAAGAAAUAUUCUUUCUUUUUGUGUCUCUGUACAAAACUACUUGAAACCUUCAGAGCUUUAAUGAAACAUCCCAGACAGACUAUAGUGGCAGAUCAAUUCAGAAUAUGUAGCAACAGCUUUGUGCAGUAAAACGCUGUAUUUUGACAAUAUCAGCAUUAAAAAAAAAAAAAAAAAACUUUGUGACGGCAGUUCCUUUCAACUCUAAGUGCUUUUGGUGUGCCUCCUUGUCUGUAAGUAAGCCCUCAGAUAAACUAAACAAAACCAAAUCCAAUACACCUGAUAUAAAUGACCAAAAUACAACCAAAAGCUAAAACUUUACACUCAGAUUACACUUGUGUUAAGGGUUUUGUGUCUGUAAGCUUCAUUAUAGCACAAAACACAUACGACACAUGUCAAGGUGUCAUACACUUCUCUUUGUGAACAUAUUAUCGAUGGCAAACGCAUAAGGGCUCUGCUAUUGUGAAUACCAUCUGAGGGUCUCGGAACGCUUUUCAUCAGCCCCUUUAUUUUGGUUUAACUAUGUACAUGAAUAUGGGCAAAACGCAUGUUUAGAAAAGACAAAUAUUAGCAGGAUGACAUUUGUCUGUCCCUACCCCAAACAAUAACUCUAAUGAUGAUGAUUCAAGGCUCGUCUGAUGUUACAGUGACUCGUCCUUCCUGUGAAACAGGCUCUGAUGAACGACUACAGUAGGAAGCUGAAGAGGCAAGUGGAUACAGCACUUGUUUUUCCAAAAGCCAUGGCUCAGGAUGGCCCUGUUUUGAAUUUUACAUGAAUUGAAAAAAGGUUUUAUAUGUGUAGGGAAGCAUUCUAUACUGUAUUGUGCAAUACAUUAUUACAGAAAAAAAAACAUGUUUCUGUAGGAAAGGUUGGCACUUCAAAGAUCUUUCUCGUUUUGUUUAAUUUCCCUCUUCAAAAGGUCCUGUUGCCGUUUUUAGAUGAAGUUAACUGUGCCAGAAGAAUUCAAUUCUGAUUUGUAUUUAUUUCUUGCAUGCUUUCCUCCCUGUUGCUAAUACUGCUCUUUAACUGUUCGCUCUGUUGGAUGUGUGAAGCUGUAAAACAUUCUAAUUCAGGUUAUUGUCUGUGUUGAACAAUGUAACUGUGUAAUUAAAACAUGAAAUGAAGUAUU